UGUCGGAGACGGGUUUCAUCUGCCGGCCGCUUCAAAAGGCUAUGACUGAAAAGGCAACGACGCAAUCGCGCUCGCCAGCCGCUUGAACACCCGAGCGUCGCAAAACGGUAGACUCAACUCCACGAGCUUGUGGAUAGUUAUUUUUCCUGACAUGCCAAUUGGUGCCCGCACGGUCCAUCUUGUCAACCCCGCCUUCUGCAAGUACGGCCAUGAUUCCCCGCGCCCCCACCUCAGGAAGUCAGGACAGGAAGUCUGCGUGCCGGCUCCGGUAGCCGGAGCGGUCCCCUGAGGGGCAGACGCGCGCAUGGCAAUUAGGAAAAUGCAUCAAAUGAAACGCGUGCAUGGAAGGCCGCUCACGCAUCCAACGAAUCUCUCCAUCUCAGACGAGGUCGCCCUUGAGAUCGUUUGGCUUCCGUCUGGAACCACGAGAUCGCCCCCACCUCAGAGAUAACGAAAUUGGAAUGGACAUCGAAAUGCUUGUGUACACCCCAGCUGUCGGGCAGCAAAGGGGCCGAUCACGCUCUGGCUCCGGUGCCGGGGCGGUGUCGGGGCCGAUCAUCGGGGUGUUGGGGCAAUGUCGGCCAGUGCCGGGACAGUGCUGAGGCCGAUCAUGGUAGAAGCUCAUGACAUCCCAAAUCCUGGCGAGGUCGAGCAUCGCGCGUGGCAUGAUCUCAUCGACGACCCCAUCGGCCAGAUCCCACCAUCGCCGGGGGUGUCCGAUGUACAGGUUCAUGGACUUGCAGGCGUCUGCUUGCCUCUGAUCGGCACCACAACGUGCGAUGUCGCUGUUGCACCACCAUGUGGUGGCACCCACCUGUCGCUGGCAGAAGGCCUGCUUCAGGUGUGGGGGAGUGUUGCGCUAGGUGUCCCACAGUGAGUCGUCCAAUGAAUUAGUCCGUUCUGACAUUUUCGGCCUUGUCCUGGUAGAGAACCUUCUGGUCCUGAACCAGUACCCGUACGCAUGCAUGAUCAGGAAAGUGCCUGGUUUCUGCGGGCUCGAGCAUGCCGAAGCAUUUCUUACGGGUGGUCACGUUGUCUUGCAGAAUGCGCAUUCCAGUGGCGUAGUUCAGCCAGCCAGGUUGUCAUAAUGCUCUGGCAACAAAAGUGGAUCUACUCCUAGUCGAGCAAUCUUGUCCCCAAAGAGUUGUGGCGGGCGAAGGUAUAGCCACCCCAGCAAAAUGGUAAUGCGAAGCAAAGCCUGCAAGGGUUGCCCCUCGCAGGUAAUUCCGACCAAGGAUGAAUCCACGGGCGAACGGCGCGCCGACCUCGUUCCGCAAGUCGUAGGCAGUGAGCUUGUCGAUGCCGAUCCGCGGUGUACUGCACUCCUUGUUCGAGGACCCCAUGCGUGGGGCCGAGUCGGUGGAGAUGCAUGUGAAAGGUAACGCAUAUUUCUCGCGAUAUGCAAAAGCCAAGGCUCAAGGACGCCAGCAAGUGCUUCUGGCUCGUGAGGUGGACGUCGUCCGCAGCCCUGCGGACUGCGGAAGGCCACCAAAGGCAGAGGCCGAUGAGUCAUGGGCAGCCGCCUGACUAUGCGCGUCCGCCAGAUCACCCCCGCAGCCUCAGCUGUCGGCUCCUCGAUCCCGAAACACUUUGGUGAUUGGGACCGGCUGAGGCCGAACGGCUCAUGAAACACUGGAGAAAAGCCAACCGCAUCCAAGCACGCUGCCCCUCGGAAACACAAGAUAGCGCCGAUCCUGUGGCACUCUGCUGCUAUCUCG